GCUCUUGUGGCUUCCCCGUCAGAAAGUCAUUUUUCUGUGAAGAAGCAAUGAAAUCUGCAGGGGACAUAAAUUCUGCGCAUGCGCAGUGGCGCAGAAUUCCCCCAGUAGUACUCUUGGCAGUUCAGGGACUUGGACAAUGCAGAUGCCACAGGGAGCGCCACAAAGACUGGAGCUGAAACAGAGCCUGCCUGCCUCCCCUGUUCCUAAGGGACACCCAGAGCCAGGUGGAGGCUGAGCCAUGAGCCCAAUAGACAAACCAGGCUGCAGAAAGCCUGCACGUAGGCGAAGAUUCAUGUGGGCACUUCUCAUCUGACUGUUAUCCCGAUAUGGCUGGCUGGAUCAGGCGGCUCCUGCAGAAACCCAAGCAAAGCUCCAGCUCUGCAGAAAGCAGCUUGAACACCAAACAGUCACCUUCCUCCUCCUCGGCAGUUGUCACCAGCUCUUCCACCAGCAGUUCAGUGGCCAGCCGGUCUCCUGCCUCCCAGGUGAGCAUCAGCAGCUCAGGGAGUGCCCGCUGGGCCAAGAGCUAUGACGUGUGCAUCUGCCACAGCAUCGGGGACUUUGAGUUUGUCGAGGAGAUGGUCUCCUAUCUGGAGAGCCAGCCCGAGGGCAUCCGCUGCUUCCUGCAGCUGCGGGAUGCCACGCCGGGGAGUGCUAUCACGACAGAGCUCUGCGACGCUGUCCAGAACAGCCACUGCUGGGUCCUGCUAAUAACCCCCAGCUUCCUCGAGGAUCCCUGGUGCAGGUACCAGAUGCAUCAGGCGUUGGCGGAGGCGCCGAUGGCCAACGGGCGCACCAUCCCCGUGCUGAAGGGCAUUGACCGGAGAGACUACCCCCGGGAGCUGAGGUGCCUCUAUUACAUCGAUGUGACGCGCAAGGAGAAUGGCUUCAGGCAGAUUAAAGACACGAUCCUGCGCUACCUGCAGGAGCUCUGUCAAAGCACCAUGAGCAGAAUAGAGUGACGGGAGUCCUGCAGGGGAAGGGAGCACCUCGAGAAAGCAGAUCCCGGCCGAAGGGAAAUGGAACGAGAAUCCACAGUGCUGUUUCCAAAGUCUCUGGAGCUGCCUCAUUUGAUCUCAGUGGAGAGCAGAUUCCAGGCGGUCUACGGCCAAGGUCCCCAAUGCACAAAACACCUACAGAAUUACAAAUGGGAACUGACUCUCACGAGGGUUUCUGAACAGAAGCAUUUCUCUCGCGUCGGGCUGCUCCGCACCAUGGACACUAAUAGCCGGCACUGCUGAGAGGACAAGCAAAAUGUCUAGCACCGACGGAGAGUGAGGCUUACACGUGGCGUCUGGUGCUGAACACAGGGAAGAAGCAUGAGGCUUGUUCCACGUUGUACUGUACAGUGCAGGGGACUUGGCGGGAAGCUGGAGCUUGAGCGUUGGUGACUCCAAGUAGUCGAGGGUAAACGCAGCUAAAUGGAGUUUACCCUCUUCUCAUUUGGGGAGUAGGAAGUCUAGUUUAGGGUCCGUUCUUUCAGGAAGCGUAUAGGCAGCUAAAUCUCUAAUGACCUUCCAAAAGCCAGUUUGGAGCUGGUACAAUACACACUCUUGCCUAUGUUAAAUUCCUCCAAGCCCCAAGGAGGAUAGGUGCCAACUCCAUUAUAUAUACUCCACAGCUGUUUGGGUGGCAGCUGCCGAUCAGCUGGGGGAGGCACUUGGGGGAGGGGGGAGAGCAGCAGGUGGGUGGGGCCUCGGAGGGGCGGAGCAAGGCAGGAAGAGGCGGAGCAAGGGCAGGGCCUUGGGGAAGGGCAGGGCCUUGGGGCGGGACAGUGGAGCACCCCCGGGGGGAAAAAGAAAAACUCAACACCUAUGUCAAGGAGUAUAAACUGACAUGAAGUUUUCCCCUUUUGGAGCUGUAACGCUCGUAUAAAGAGGAGCUACACAUAGGCUCAUCUUUGGUAUUUUGAGUGUAAUGUCAGUUUUAGUCUUGAUUUUUACAAUUGUAAUUUAAACGUGUGUACAAAUGAAUGCAGAAAAGUGUUAUUUUUAUCAAA